AUCGCCCACCCCUAUCUCAACAGCCCUCACCCCUCCGCCAAUUCGCCAACGAUGGACAACACGGCGAUUCGAGGCCUGCUUCUGGCCACGUUAGAUCCAGAUGCCGAUACCAGAAGGAGAGCCGAGUUGCAGUUGAAGCAGAUCGAACAACAUGCUGGGUUUAUGGAUGUCUUGCUCGAUAUUCUCGAGGCCGACCAGGACAACAGCGUGCGACUGUCAACCGUCAUCUACAUCAAGAACCGGGUCAAUCGAGCAUGGGAACGGAGCGAGCAAUAUGCAGAAGACGCCCCGAUAUCAGAAGAAGAGAAAGUACGGUUCCGCGAGCGCUUGCUGCCCAUCAUGGCCACCUCCCAAGGGCCUGUACGCCAGCAGAUCAUCCCCGUCCUUCAGAAGAUUCUUCACUACGACUUCCCCAACAAGUGGCCGAACUUCAUGGACUACACCAUGCAGCUUCUCAAUACCAACGACCCUACUUCCGUACUCGCCGGCCUCCAGUGCCUCCUCGCCAUCUGCCGCGCCUGGCGAUUCCGCACCAACGAGGAGAACAGGGUCCACUACGACAAGGUGAUCGAGCUCAGCUUCCCGCGCCUACUGGCUAUCUGCAAUGAGCUCGUCAACCAGGAGAGCGUCGAGGCAGGCGAGAUGUUGCAUCUGGCCUUGAAGUGCUACAAGCAUGCCACGUGGCUUGAGCUGUCGAGACUCCUGCGGGAUCAUCAGACCAACAUUGCCUGGUGCACCGUUUUCUUGCAGACUGUCUCAAAGACCACUCCGGCCAUCGCCAUGGGCGAUGAUCCUCUGGAACGAGAGAAGCACCACUGGUGGAAGGCCAAGAAGUGGGCGUACUUCAACCUGAACCGCCUCUUUAUCCGACAUGGCAACACACAGGGCAUCGCGGGCUCGAAGGACGACGGACAGAUACAGUUCGCCAAAGAUUUCGAGAAGAACAUCGCACCGGAGAUCCUGAAGCACUACCUCGCCGAGAUUGAGAAGUGGGUGGCGAAGACGGCCUGGUUGAGCAGACCAUGUCUCACAUACACGCUCGUCUUCCUGGAUGAGUCGGUACGACCCAAGGAAAUGUGGAACCACUUGAAACCUCAUUUGCAGAACCUCGUCACCCAUUUCGUUUUCCCCGUGCUCUGUCUCUCCGAGGAGGACAUCGAGAAGUUCGAGGACGAGCCCGACGAGUACCUGCACCGUAAGCUCAACUUCUACGAGGAGGCCUCGGCGCCUGAUGUCGCCGCCACCAACUUCCUCGUCGGCCUCACAAAAAACCGAAGAAAGCAGACGUUUGAGAUUCUCAAAUUUGUCAACGCCGUGGUCAACGAGUACGAGCAGGUGCCCGAAGACAAGAAGAACCAUAUUGCGAAGGAGGGAGCUCUGAGGAUGAUUGGGACUCUGGCGCCCGUCAUCCUCGGUAAGAAGAGCCCCAUUGCGGAUCAGGUCGAGUAUUUCCUUGUCCGAUAUGUCUUCCCCGAUUUCACCAGCUCGCAGGGCUAUCUGCGCGCCAGGGCUUGCGACACCAUCGAGAAGUUCGAGCAGCUCAAUUUCCAGGACCAGAACAACCUGCUUACCAUCUACCGCCACAUCCUGGACUGCAUGGCCGACCCUGCGCUGCCCGUGCGCGUCACCGCGGCUCUCGCUCUGCAGCCUCUCAUCCGGCACGACAUCAUCCGCACCAACAUGCAGCAGAGCAUUCCCACCAUCAUGCAGCAGCUCCUCAAGCUGGCCAACGAGGCCGAUAUCGACGCUCUCGCCAACGUUAUGGAGGAUUUCGUGGAAGUAUUUGCCACCGAGCUGACGCCUUUUGCCGUAGCUCUCAGCGAGCAGCUGCGGGACACGUAUAUGCGGAUCGUCCGCGAGGUCCUGGACCGGAACAAGGGAGAAGGCGACGACGAGUAUGGCGAUCUCCUGGACGACAAGGCGAUCACGGCCUUGGGGGUGUUGCAGACCAUCGGAACCCUCAUUCUCACUCUCGAAAGCACUCCGGAUGUUUUGCUCCACAUCGAGGCGAUCUUGAUGCCGGUCAUCCAGAUCACGCUACAGAAUCAGCUGUACGACCUGUACAACGAGGUUUUCGAGAUCAUCGACAGCUGCACGUUCGCGGCCAAGGGCAUCUCCCCCACCAUGUGGCAAGCCUUCGAGCUCAUUCAUGCAACCUUCAAAGCGGGUGCCGAGCUGUACCUCGAGGACAUGCUUCCGGCGUUGGACAACUUUGUCCAGUACGGCGCGCCGCACCUCAUACAGAAGCCCGAGUACGUCGAGGCUCUGUUCUCGAUGAUCUCCGACAUGUUCACAGACAGCAAGGUGGGCGGGGUGGAUCGUAUCUGCGCCUGCAAGUUGACGGAGGCCAUGAUGCUCAACCUCCGCGGUCAUAUCGACAAUUAUGUGCUUCGGUUUAUCGAGUUUGCGAUGAAUGUCCUGACGGCGAGCGAGGUCAAGAUUAAGUCGUACAAGAUCCACCUCAUGGAAAUGGUUAUUAACGCCAUCCAUUACAACCCCCUUCUGGUCCUGCAGUUUCUCGAGUCCAAGGGGUGGACCAACCGGUUCUUCAGCCUCUGGUUCGGAAACAUGACGAGCUUCACUCGGGUCCACGACAAGAAGCUGUGUAUCGUUGCCAUCUCAGCGCUACUGAGCCUCAAUCCCGAGCAGGUGCCGCAAAGCAUCUCGGUUGGAUGGCCGCGGUUGCUGCAGGGCAUCACGGAGCUAUUCAAGACGCUGCCGACUGCCGUUAAAAACCGGGAGGAGGCUCUGCGAGACGACUACCACUUCGAUUCUACCUAUGACUACGGAGAGGAGGACGAGUGGGGUGAUGACGAGGCAAACUGGAACGCCGAAGACGACGCGGAAGAGGAGAAUCCGGAGACUCGCGACGAGAGCACGGCGUAUCUGGAAUUCCUCAACGAGGAGGCGCAAAAGUUCAGUCGCAGUGUGCCCGAAGGACCGAGCGAUGACGACAUGGGCGAGGAGAGCGUGUUGUUGGAUUCUCCGCUGGACAAGGUGGAUCCAUAUCAGCUGUUCAGUGCUACCCUGAUGAAAAUGGAGUCUGAGCAGCCUCAGUUCUAUGCCUCUCUACUUUCUCACUUGGGGGCGGAGGAGCAGGCGACUCUACAAGGCAUCAUGUCUAGGGCAGCCGAGAUCCAUCAGGCGCAGCUCCUCGCGCAGCAGCAAGUAGCCGCGACAGUGGCUGCCAACGGAGGAGGCGCAUAAAAAGAUUCUCGUCCCGUCCCGGCCAAGAGACGAAGUCCUGCCCAAUCCCGGCGCGAUGCACAAAACGUGGCUUACUAGGCGGUAUGGCGAACAUCUGAGGGCUCUGGCCGGCUCUGGAUUGCAGAAAGGUUAUCGCCAUGACCCGGCCUCCUGAUCUGCUUUGUGUAGCAGAGAGAGUAAGCUCUUACGGAUGCAGGAAGAUGGGUGAUGCGACCGGCAUGAUGCAGAGUGAAGUCGUCAGUGCGAUUAUUCCCCCUUCCCCAGCCCUUACCACCCCCCCCCCCCC